GUUGUUGUUGGCUGUAAAUCCGACAUUCCCAGUGGCUCGUGAACGCCACACAUGACCGAGCAUUAGGGAUUGGGAGCGGGGAGGGAGAGAGGAGCUAAACAGGUGGUCUGAAUACACACAGAAGACAAUGUCGUCCGGCGGGGAGAAGCGGAAAGACCUCUAGUCCUCGCUUCUCCGAAAGGAAUACCGGGACAAACCGAAAAAAAAACCCCAUGCUCCUUUUUCACUUCCACACGGAUUUCCUCUCCUCCUCCUCCUUUUCCUCCUUCUCCUCCUCCUUCUCUCCUCGGCUUCGCUCCGAGCCUCGGGAAGAUCUCGGGCGCUGAGAGCCAUGAAAGUCACGGUGUGUUUUGGCCGGACCCGGGUGGUGGUGCCGUGCGGGGACGGGAAUGUAAAGGUCCACACGCUCAUCCAGCAGGCUGUCAUGAGAUACAAGAAGGCUAUCGCCAAGGACGCCAGCUACUGGCUGCAGGUCCACCGGCUGGAGCACGGCGACGGCGGGAUCCUCGACCUGGACGACGUGCUCUGCGACGUGGCCGACGACAAAGACAGGUUGAUAGCUGUAUACGAUGAACAGGAGCCCCACCAUGGAGGAGAUGGCACCAGCGCCAGCUCCACGGGGACCCAGAGCCCGGACCUGUUCGCUGCAGACCUCAGCGCCGGCAGCGGAUCCUCGGCCUUCCAUCCCUACCAGGCCGCCAGCGAGAUCGAAGUCACGCCAUCGGCACUGCGCACCAAUAUGCCCCUCCACGUCCGGCGCAGUAGCGACCCUGCCCUGCUCACCAUCAAUGGACCGUUCAGCAGCGGCGAAUCGCGGGCGCAAGCAGAAGAAACCCCGUCGAGGAAGAACCCAACCCGCUGGUCCACCACCGCCGGUUUCCUGAAGGUUCGCAACUCCUCUGGCACCAACAGCCUGGAGAGGAAGGGUAAAGGUAUGGACACAUACCGCAGUCUGCCACGCGAUACAGGGACCUGGGCAAAUCAGCGAGAGUUUCAGAGGGAGACGGCCCGGUCGUCACUCAGCGCCAAUCACCCCAUGGUGGACCGCUGGCUGGAAAGACAAGAUCAGGAGGAAGAGGCCAGACAGGAGGAGAACGGAAGGAUCGAGCCGGUGGGCCGAGCCGACUCCUGCAUGGACCACGCCGCCGUCAGGUCGCUAGAAGACAUUGUGAAACUGGUGGAGGUGUCAAACGACGGUGGGCCCCUGGGGAUCCACGUGGUGCCUUUCAGUGGGAGGGACCGCAGGACUCUUGGCUUGUUGGUCAAGCGUCUGGAGAGGGGAGGGAAGGCCGAGCAGCAGGGCCUGUUCCAGGAGAACGACUGUAUCGUCCGUAUCAAUAACGGAGACCUGAGAAACAUCCGCUUUGAACAAGCCCAGAACAUGUUCCGUCAGGCCAUGCGUUCUCCCGUCAUCAUGUUCCAUGUGGUGCCGUCGUCGAUGAAGGCCCACUACGAGCAGCUGUCCCACGCCGAGAGGAACCCGGCGUACGCCUCGGGCCGCUUCAGCCCCGAGUCCCUGGGCGGCGGCGGCGGCGGCGGCGGCGGCAUCAUCAUCGACCACGGGACCCCGCACAGGAUGUCCCGGCACGGCUCGCAGACGCACCCGCACCCCCACCCUCAGCACCCCCACCCGCACCCGGCCGAAGGCGGCUACCCGCCCCUGAGCCACCCCGCCGUCUCCUCGGCCAAGCCUCCGACGGGACAAACGCAGUCGCCCCAGAGGGCGCUGAACUCCACCCCGACGGGCGGCUACACGAAAAAGGUCGGGAAGAGGCUCAACAUCCAGCUAAAGAAAGGCCCUGAGGGACUCGGCUUCAGCAUCACGUCGCGGGACGUUCCCAUCGGGGGCUCGGCGCCCAUCUACGUGAAGAACAUCCUGCCCCGGGGAGCUGCCAUCCAGGACGGCCGCCUCAAGGCAGGAGACCGGCUGCUGGAGGUGAAUGGCGUGGACCUGAAUGGGCGGACCCAGGAGGAGGUGGUGUCUCUGCUCCGGGCCACGCCCAUGGGCGGAGCCGUGGGGCUGCUGGUUUUACGUCAGGAGGAGGCGUUCCUCUCCCGGGAAGUGAACGCUGAACCCCAGAUGCAAUGCCCCCGAGAUUUGAAGACGGAGGAGGACGAGCUGGUCCUGACUCCAGAUGGGACCAGAGAGUUCCUGACCUUUGAGAUCCCCCUCAGCGACUCGGGUUCUGCCGGUUUGGGCGUCAGCGUCAAAGGCAACCGCUCCAAGGAGAACCACGCCGAUCUGGGCAUCUUUGUCAAAUCCAUCAUAAACGGAGGCGCAGCCUGCAAGGACGGGCGACUGCGAGUGAACGACCAGUUGAUCGCCGUGAACGGAGAAUCCCUGUUGGGCAAAACCAACCAGGACGCCAUGGAGACGCUGCGCAAGUCCAUGUCGACGGAGGGCAACAAGCGGGGGAUGAUCCAGCUCAUCGUGGCCAGACGAGUGGCCAAAAGAAACGAGCAGGAGCAACCGGGGAGUCCCCUGGGACCACAGCAGACAAUGAACACCUCCUUGGAUGACCAUGAGCGCAGAAUCUCCCACUCUUUGUACGGUGGCCUCGAGGGACUUGAUGACAACCUGAUGCCGCGACAAGGCAUGAUACCACGUACAAUAGGAAACUACCAGCUCUCUCCGACCGUCAACAUGCCCCAGGACGACACUGUGAUCAUCGAGGACGACCGGCCGCCGCUCCUCCCGCCGAACCUCUCCGACCAGUCGUCGUCCAGCUCUCACGACGACGUGGGCUUCACCGCUGACGUCAUACCGCCGUGGGCCAAAGAGCUGCCCCUUCCCAACGAAAGCCCCCUGAGUCCAGAUGAAAAUAAUGCAGACGGUGCUUUCCAGAGGGAAGGCUUCGGGCGCCAGAGCAUGUCGGAGAAACGCACCAAGCAGUUCGGAGACGCCUCUCAGCUCGAGAUCAUCAAGACGCGCAAGUCCAAGAGCAUGGAUCUAGUAGCCGACGAGAUUAACCUCACCCCUCGUCCCGACACCAACGCAGGUUCUUCCACCAGGGACGUUGGACCAUCGCUGGGCUUAAAGAAGUCCAGCUCCCUGGAGAGCCUCCAGACAGCUGUUGCCGAGGUAACCCUCAACGGUGACCUCCCCUUCCACAGGCCCCGCCCUCGCAUCAUCAGGGGGCGGGGCUGCAACGAGAGCUUCAGAGCAGCCAUCGACAAAUCCUACGACCGGCCGGCUGCCACGGAAGACGACGACGAGGGCAUGGAGACAUUGGAGGAGGACACAGAGGAGAGCUCGCGGUCGGGGAGGGACUCGGUGUCCACGGUGGCGGACCAGACCCCGCUGUCCGGCCCUGAGAAACCUCUGGUCAACGGCACUAACCGCACCAAAGAGGAGAAGAAGAAGGAAAAAGAAAAGGGAGGAAAAGAGAAGAAGAAGCAGCAGCAGCAGGAGGGAGGGAAGGACAAAGACAAGGGAAAAGCCAAGAAGGGCAUGCUGAAGGGACUCGGAGACAUGUUCAGGUUUGGGAAGCACCGUAAGGACGAGCGGCCCGGGGAGAAGAUGGAUCGUAAAGGAUCCAGCAAGUGGAGGCCGGAGGAGACGCAGGUGUCAGAGGAGGAGACGAUGAGGAUGAGGAUGGAGCAGGAGAGGAUCCAAGCCAAGACCAGAGAGCUGCGGGAGCGCCAGGCCCGUGAACGGGACUACGCCGAGAUCCUGGACGUGAGCCGCACGCCGGAGAGGUCCUCCGAGGAGGAGCACCCGUACUCCGGCAUCAACGCCCUGAACAUCUCGGUGGACAGCGGGCACAGCCGGCCUCACAGCCCCCGCGACGAUCACCCGCACAUGCACCCGCACAUGCACCAGCACCAGCUCUCCGAUACCCUCUACACGCAAGUCAGCAAGGCCCGCAACGACCGGCCUCCGUCUGCAGACAGUAGCCGGCUAACCCCGAGCAACCACGACCGGAUACAGAGGCUGCGGCAGGAGUUCCAGCAGGCCCAGACGGUCCCGGACGACCCGGACGACCGCCGGAGGACCUACAGCUUCGAGCAGCCCUGGUCGAACGCCAGCAGCAACGGUCCGGCCGGGUACAGUCAGCCGGGGCGUCACUCGGUGUCGGUGGAGGUGCAGAUGCAAAGGCAGAGGCAGGAGGAGAGAGACUCGUUCGCCCAGGCCCAGCGCCAGUACAGCUCCCUGCCACGACAGCCCAGGAAGAACCCAAGCUCCAUCUCCCAGGACUCGUGGGAUAAGGCGUACCCACCCGGCGAGGGCUUCCAGACCGCCAAGGACAACCCCAGGUACUCCAGCUACCAGGGCUCCAGGAACGGCUACCCGGGCGGCGGCGGAGUCAACGCCAGAGUCCUGCUGGAGGCCCAGGAGCUCCUGAGGCAGGAGCAGAGACGCCGCGACCAGGAAGCCAAAGGGAAGCUCAUGCAGGAGAGCAUCGGCAGCUACGAGGGCUACACCGCACACCUGAAGGACCCGGCCUCCCCGAAGGGUCCGUACCGUCACGACGUGCCGCCUUCGCCCUCGCAGCUGGCGAGGCUCAACAGGUUGGGGUCGGAGAAAGGAAGACUUUUUUAUUCUUGAGGAGCAUCGUCGUCGGACUGAACGAGGAGUUCAGAGAGUGAAGGGCCUUACCUUGGAGAAAACGGCAAAAGUGGACGCUACCAAUUUUGACAAGGGACAACCGAGAGGUCUUAUAGCUUAGCCACGGUCUUAGAGGUAAACAGUUGUGAAUUGUACUCGGUAUGUGGGUGUUUGUGUUCGCUCUCCCACUGUGAUGAUGACCUUCACCAGUUGUCAGUCACCCUCCCACAAACACGAGACGCUCAGUGCCUUCUCCGCAUUCACCGACACGACGCUCGUUCGCAGUCGUCCAGGACUCUGAUUCAUCCAGAUCUGGCACCGUCACGUAUUGACAAUCAAACCGGCCGACAGGCAAGUGAGUGGGCGCCUUUUUUUUUUUGAGCCCACAGGGAGGCGUAAGUUUCUGCGUGGGUUUAUGUGUGUGUGUGUGUGUGUGUGUGUGUGUGUGUGUGUGUGUGGGCAUGUGACGAGGUAUUGGAGUAUGCGAGUCCCGUGGAUGACUCUUCCCACCUGUCACCAACUACCCGUUCGUUAAAAAUCAGGCCGCUCUUUCUCCGCGUUCUUUUUAUUAUUUUUUAUUUUUUUUUUUUUUUACUUUUUCUGCAAUAGGACUCUCCAGUAGUCUCCGGGGAGCAGAGGAAACAAGGCGAAGUGUGUGAAAGAAAGCAGGGCACAGGGAAUGUGUUAUUAAUAAAAAAGAAAAGCCACCCCCCUCCCCUCCUCCUCUCAUAAAUGAUUCAUAUUGUGUGUUAUCUCCGCGGAGGCGACUCAGGCAGAGAGGGUAGAGGGCUCUGAUCCUCUGCCCAGCCUCUCUGCACGGCUCUGGGCUUGACUCGUCGGCCUGUCUGCCCUCCCGUCUGGAGCUCCCAUCGUCUCCCCUUCCUUCUCCUCACCUCUCUGUUCAUUACGCUCCUUUCUUCUACCUCAACUCCUCCUCACUCAUCUCCCACCCCUCCCUUUUUCCCCCCUUACUCUUCAUCCUGCUACCCACUGCCACCCUCCUCCUCCUCCUCCUCCUCUUCCUCGUCUCCCGAGUCAGACUCUGCACUGAAUUUUUCAUCACAAGCCACCUGCUGCCUGCCAGAGCCAAAGAACGCUGCCACCAGAGGCACCGACAGAGGACCCGGCUUCUGACACAAAAAAGAGGGGAAUAAAGGCAAGAAACAAGACAGAUAGAGCGGCGGG